AUGGAAAACGUAUUACGCAAAGUCCUCGGCAGCAACCUGCGCUCUGUCGGUUUGAUCGCCUUGAAUAGCACUGGCAUAUUCUGCGCCGUCUCCCUAGCAUGGCAGAACAUCGCGACCGUCCAGCUAUGCGAGGGUCCCUCGAUGUACCCGACGUUCCGAACCGCAGGCGAUUAUUUGCUCAUUGAUCGAAGAGCCAGGUAUGGCAAGGACAUUGCUGUCGGUGAUAUUGUGCGAUAUGCUCAUCCUAGCUUCAUUGGUGUCCAUGCUGCCAAGAGGAUUAUUGGGAUGCCUGGGGACUUUGUUUGUCGUGAUGCGCAGUACAGCGAUGGGGUUGGUAAAACUCCGGAUAUGAUUCAGGUUCCUGAGGGUCACGUAUUUCUUGUCGGUGAUAACCUUCCCUGGUCAAGAGAUUCGAGAAGUACUGGGCCGGUUCCAAUGGGGCUUAUAAAUGGGAAGAUUGUCGCAAGGGUAUUCCCGUUUCUGAGAGCGAAUUGGAUCAAGAAUACCCUGGAGCCGGUUGAAGCCUGA